ACAAAGAUGGCGGUGGAAUUUGACGGCGAGAGGAUGCUGAAUAAUAAAAGCCAAUCUUCCACGGAUUCUCACCCCAAAAAGCCACUGUGCGCUUGCACUGCAUACAGCUGCAACAAACUGAUAUUGCUGCUUAUUGCGAGUGUAUAUGUUCUUGCAGGUGCGGGGCUGUUGUCGGUUGGAGUGUGGGUGGUUUUCCAGGUGAAAGACUAUGAAGCCCUGAACAACGACCUGUUUUUACCUGCCCUUCUUCUCAUUGGUGUUGGUCUGAUCAUUACUGUCAUCGCUUUCUUCGGCGUGGCUGGUGUGGUUCGUGAAAACAACUGUCUGCUUAUUUUUUAUCUGGUGGUUACUGUGUUGUUGUUCUUGACCCAGGUUGGCAUCGGAGUGUUGGCAUUCAUCCACAGACAAAAGGUCCCUGAUAUGACAAGUAAAGACUUCAUGCCCCUUGUCAAGGAUUACCACACAAAAACAAGCUACAGACAGGCUAUGGACAACUUGCAGACAAGCAUGCGUUGCUGUGGUCUGGACUCGUUCAAUGACUAUGAGGAGAACAAGCAGUUCCAGUGUGCAGCCAGGACUGCUCAGAAGUGUGGAGUCCCCUGGUCCUGCUGUGUCAACAAUCAUCAGGAUGGACGCCUGAGAGUGGAUUGUGGAUUUGAAGUCAGAUUCAACACUUCAAUGCCAACUACGAAGAUUCAUGGUGCGGGCUGUACCGACCUUUUCCUCACCUGGCUGAGUAAGACACUGGACUUUGUGGGCAUUGUUGCUCUAGCAACCAGCAUACCACAGAUUAUCAGCAUACUGUUGGCAUAUUUCCUGGUUCGACAGAUCAGAGAGAUGAGAAUGUGGUACAGAGUGGAGAUGUGAUUAAAAAUGAGAUAAUGCAUCUACACACCAGAGUAUUCAGAUGUUACAUGCACAUGAAUUGUAUCCCUAGAUGUGUACACAUCUGUAGGAUUUUGGUAAUAGUUGGAAUUGAAAACUUUAGAAGUAAGAAUUUAAUGGCAGCUUAGAUCUAUUUUGUUAUAUCUCAGUAUAUGAAGUGGUAUGCCUAAUGUUGGUGACUAGUUCAAAUAAGGUCCUUCAUUUUUGUUUUCUUCACAAUACUAAUAUUUUUAUUAUGCUGUGAUCUGUUGGGUUGUGUUGAAAGGGAUUUACUAUGUAUUAUCUGUGGUUAAGAGUCUCUAGUUAUUUUCUAUGAGUUUAUAAAAAAUGUUCAACAUCUAACUUGAUAGGAAAUGAAAACGGCUCCUUUUUGGAAAUUUAGUGUUUUAUUUAUCAAUAGAACAAUAAUUUGUAAAAUAUAUUUUGUGCAAUAUGAAACACUUCUUUGUUCAAUAUUAGAAAUCCUGUAUUACUUGUUUCCCAUAUGUCUUGCUUCUGGAAAAAAAUACCUGAUAUAGAAUUGUACUAGGUUUCUAGAAUACCAAUAAGUAUUUUCCUAUUUUGUUUUCUCCCCUGGCUGGAUGAUGUGUGGAAAAAUAAACAAAGCAUUGAAUUUGAGUUCUCUGACACUACUGAACAAUUUAAAAAAGCAAACUUUGUGUUGAGAUGUCACUUUGUUAAAAAUAGAACAACUAUGUCUAAUACACUAUUCAACAGAUUGUAACAAGUACUUCCUCAGUGAUAUGUGUGUAACAUUGUAAUUUUAACUUUCUUUGAGAGAUCUUUACAUUCUAUAAUGUUUUAUGUCUGUUCAACUCUAACCAGUUUGUUUCAGUAUUAGCAGAUCUGAAGACACUGGUACAAUGGUAUUAAAAGAUGUGUGCGGUGCUCUAGGAAAAUGGGGCUUGUGAAUUAAGGUAGUCCCCAAUUAGCCUUUGCAGUCUGCACAGGCUUAUCAGACAUGACACUUUUCGCCUAGACUUGACUUUUGUUUAUGAGAUUCUUCUUUAAAAACAAAAAAAAAUCAUAAAAGGGGAAAGUGUUGUUUUAGAUCAGCCUUUGCAGACAGCACAGGCUAAUCUGGGACGACACUUUACGCACAUGCAUUAAGCCCUAUUCCUCCAGAGCAAGGCUCCUUUUUAGCUCACCUGAGCACAACAUGCUCAUGGUGAGCUUUUGUGAUCGCCUGUUGUGCGUCGUCCGUCGUCAACAUUUUGCCUUGUGAACACUCUAGAGGCCACAUUUAUUGUCUGAUCUUCAUAAAAUUUGGUAAGAACAUUUGUCCCAUUGAGACCUCGACUGAGUUCCAAACUGGGUCAUGCUGGGUCAACAACUAGGUCAGUAGGUCAAGAAAAAGAAAAACCUUGUGAACACUGUAGAAGUCACAUUUGAUGCCCAAUCUUCGUGUAACUUUGUCAAAAUGUUUGUCUAAAUGAUAUGUUGGUUGAGUUAAAAAAUGGUUCCGGUCCGUUAAAAAACAUGGCCGCCAGGGGGGGUGGGGCAGUAUUCCUUAUAUGGCUAUAGAGAAACCUUGUGAACACUCUAGAAGUCACAAUUUUUGCCCAAUCAUCAUGAAACUUGGUCAAAACAUUGGUUUCAUUGAUAUCUCGGACGAGUUAGAAAAUGGUGCAGAUCGGUGAAAAAAGGCCAAGGGGGGGGGGGCAGUUUUCCUUAUAUGGCUUUAGUAAAACCUUGUGAACACUCUAGAGGCCACAUUUAUUGUCCAAUCUUCAUGAAAUUUGGUCAGAAGAUUGGUCUCAAUGAUAUCUUGGAUGAGUUCGAAAAUUGUUAUGUUUGCUUGAAAAACAUGGCUGCCAUGGGGCGGGGCCUUUUUCCUGAUAUGGCUAUAGUAAAAUCUUGUUAACACUCUAGAGUCCACAUUUAUUGUCCGAUCUUCAUGAAACUUGGUCAGAAGAUUCAUCCCAAAAAUAUCUUGGACAAGUCAAAAAAUGAUGCCUGUUGGUUGAAAAACAUGGCCGCCAGGGGGCGGGCAUUUUUCCUUAUAUGUCUAUAGUUAAACCUUGUUAACACUCUAGACGCCACAUUUAUUUUCCGAUCUUCAUGGAACUUGGUCAGAAGAUUUGUCCUAAUGAUAUCUUGGAUGAGUUUGAAAAUGGUUUCGGUUGCUAAAAAAACAUGACUACCAGGGGGCGGGGCAUUUUUUCUAAUAUGGCUAUAUAUCAUGCUUUUGUAAAACCUUGUUAACACUCUAGAGGCCACAUUUAUUGUCCAAUCAUCAUGAAACUUGGUCAGAUGAUUUGUCCCAAUGAUAUCUUGGAUGAGUUCAAAAAUGGAUCCGGUUGGUGGAAAAAUAUGGCUGCCAAGGGGGCGUGGCAUUUUUCCUUAUAUAGCUUUAGUUAAACCUUGUUAACACUCUAGAAGCCGUAUUUAUUGUACCUUCAUCAUAAAACUUUGUCAGAAGAUUUGUCUGAAUGAUAUUUUGGACAAGUUCGAAAAUGGUUCCAGUUGCUUGAAAAACAUGGCCACCAGUGGGCAGGGCAUUUCUUAUAUGGACUUAUGAAUCUUCAUGAAACUUUGUCAGUAUAUUUGUUUAAAUGAUAUCUUGGAUGUGUAUGAAAAUGGUUCUGUUCUGUUGAAAAAGGUGGCUGCCAGGGUGUUCACUAGUCAUGAAAAUUGGUUAGAACAUUUUGUUCUAAUGACAUCUUGGGCUGCACAGAACAGGUCAGUUCCUUUGAUUCUCAGGUGAGCGACUUUGGGCCUUUCAGGCCCUCUUGUUUUGCAAUAUGAAAGAGUCUAAUGCUUGUGAUCAUGAUAUGAUAACAUGAAUACAGUUUGUAUAAAGAAAGUUUUAUUUUGUAUCACCAUUAGUUGAUGCUUAAGUUGAGUUUUCUUCAAAUAGUCAAACUGCAGUAUUGUGUACAUAGCUUUCAUUUGACGUUGUGUGUAGACAGUGUUUACUAGUGUUUUUAGUAGGUUCAGUUGUUUUUUUAUGCGCCUUGUAAGGUGGCAUAUAGCAGUUAGACUUCCGUCUGUCUGUCCCACAUUUCAUUUUCUGGACUUUUUUCCCAAACACUUUCAGGUAUUGACCUGAUAUUUGGUGUGUGAGUCUAUCUACAUUACUUACAGAUGAAGUGUGAGUUUUGUUACAGUACAUUAAUUUUGGCUAAGCUAUUUGCCGUCUGUCCAUCUAGCAUUCAGUUUUGCAGAGGUUUUUUUUGUAUGAAACACUUUCAGAUAUUUAGCUGGUUUUUGGUAUGUGAGUCUACCUUCAUCACUAAUGGAUGAAGUGUGAGUUUUGUUCCAGUCUAUUGAUUUUUGGCAAAGUAUUGGUCCUUGAACUUAGACAUUUUCUUAUAAUAAAUGUUUUCUGGAGGAUUUUUUUACGAAACGCUUUCAGAUAUUUAGUUGAUUUUUUGUUCCAGACCAUUGAUUUUUGGUAAAGUUACGGGCCUUGAACGUAGACAUUUUCUCUACAAAAAACGUUUUCUAAAGGGUUUUUAUACAAAACGCUUUCAAAUAUUUAGCUGAUUACUGAUAUGUGAGUUUACCUACAUGACUCAAAGAUGAAGUUUGAGUUUCAUUCCAGUCAAUAUAUUUGGGGGAAGGUAUUGACCAUCGACUUAGACAUUUUCUCUGUAUUAACUGUUUUUUUGAUAGUUUUUUUACAAAACACUUUCAGACAUUUAGCUGAUUUUUGAUAUGUGAGUCUGUACUCUCAGAUGAAGUGUGAGUCUGUACUCUCAGAUGAAGUGUGAGUCUGUACUCUCAGAUGAAGUGUGAGUCUGUACUCUCAGAUAAAGUGUGAGUCUGUACUCUCAGAUGAAGUGUGAGUCUGUACUCUCAGAUGAAGUGUGAGUAUGUACUCUCAGAUGAAGUGUGAGUAUGUACUCUCAGAUGAAGUGUGAGUCUGUACUCUCAGAUGAAGUGUGAGUCUGUACUCUCAGAUGAAGUGUGAGACUGUACUCUCAGAUGAAGUGUGAGUCUGUACUCUCAGAUGAAGUGUGAGUCUGUACUUUUAGAUGAAGUGUGAGUCUGUACUCUCAGAUGAAGUGUGAGUCUGUACUCUCAGAUGAAGUGUGAGUCUGUACUCUCAGAUGAAGUGUGAGUCUGUACUCUCAGAUGAAGUGUGAGUCUGUACUCUCAGAUGAAGUGUGAGUCUGUACUGUCAGAUGAAGUGUGAGUUUUGUUCAGGUCCAUUGAUUUUUUGCUAAGUUAUGGGCAAUUAUUCUAUAAUAACCGUUUUACAGAGAUUGUUAUGAAACGCUUUUAUAUAUUAAGCUUAUAUUUUGUAUGUGAGUCUACCAACAUGACUAACAGAUAUAGACAGGCAUCAUAUUUUGUUCGGUUUUGUCGGUCCUAGACCGAUUGGGGUCAUGAAAGACCGAUUGAAAAUCCCAAACAGUCGGUCCGAUUCUGUUUGCUAAAAUUCCCAUGUCAUGAAAUCGAUUACACAGUGUACAUGCUAACACACCCUAAUGGCAUUCUCAUCUCGAUUAGGUAUGAUAAACCAUUCGCUGCAGUCUCUAAGCCGGUCAGGACCGGUUUAUUGCACGUCAGACCAAAAAUAAAAAACUUGUGAACAGCCGAUUAAAGACAGAUCCGCAAAGUCAUAUAGACAUUGGUGUGAGUUUGGUUGUGGUCCAUUGAUUAAUGUAUUUGGCGAAGUGAUGGGCCUCGGACUUCGAAAUGUUCUCUAUAAUAAACGUCUUCGGGAGAUUUUUUAUGAAACUCUAUAAGAUAUUGAGCUGAUUUUUGGUAUGUAGAUCUACCUACAUGACUUACAGAUGAAGUGUGAGUUUCAUUUUGAUCCAUUUUUAGCGAAGCUAUGGGCUUUUGACUAAGAAAUUUCCUUAAAAUAACACUCUUGGAUUUUUUUCCAAAACACUUUUAGAUACCGGUACUAUCAGAGGCGGGUAACUUUGUCCAAUAUUAAUUGACAGUAACUUUGUCAUGAUGUUUUCAAUUGCGAUAUAGCUGCUGUGUGGCUUCAAAAUGCAGUAGGGGACAUUGUGUUUAACAAAUUCAUCUCUUGUUUACAUACAUGUAUAUAUUUAUGUAUAACUGGUAUAAAUCAAAACAAAAAAAGGUUUUUAGUACUUUCUAAUAAUUAGUGACCAUGUCAACAUUUUUAUAUAUAAUGUAUUCACAUAUGUUGUGCCUCCAAGAUUUAGAAAAAAUGUUUUCUGAAUUCUACAGAAUUGUGUAUUUGUCAUAUUUGGGGUAUUACAGUAUUUUUAAGGUAACUUACAACGAAAAGUAAAUGGCAGACUUAAACAAUAUAUAAUGUUAACAUAUGGUAAAUCUCACAAUUUUUUUAUCAAAAUCUGCUGGUUUAUGAUUUCAAUAGUUCCGUGUUUAGUCAAACAUCAAGAUAUUGACAUGAGUUCUGUGUCGAGGUAUUCUAUUUGUAACAGUUCUAGUACUCAGUACAAAUUUGUUUAGGUGAUGCAAUUGACAUCUUGUUCUUUUUUAAGUGAAUACCAACAACGUUUCCAAUACCUUUUUGGGGGCUCCAUUGUGUACACUCCUGCAAAUGAAUGGAGUUAAAAGCUGUUUACAUCACUCAAGGGACAUUGGUGCUAUAUAAUUGAUAAUUGUACAUUCAAUUGUCAUAUAUAUUUUAAAAAAAAUGUAAUUUGUAUUAUCAUAUUGAUCAUCUUUCCUUGAAAUCAAAACAAAAUUAUGCAAAAAUAAAAACUUAUUUUUACUAUAACUAUUUUUAAUGCAAUUUAUUGCUUGGUACUAGAAUGCUAUUUUGUCAAGCUUUUUUUUAAAUGUUGUAUCACUUGAGUCCCUUUAUCAACUUCAAACCAAAAUUAACAUUUGAAGUAGUAGGCAAUGCCUACACUUGUUAAAAUGUAUUAAAUUCUUUAGAACGUUUCUUUCAUAUUUUAAUUGUAUUAUUUGUUUUAGCAAACAUCAGAAAUAUUCAUUUGAAAGAAUUCCGCUCUAAGUUUAACAUACACCUUUAUGUCCAUAGCGAUGUAAACUGUAAAAAAGAAAUAAAAUUUUGACCAUAGUUGUUUUUGUAUAGUGUGUUUAUUGUUAAGUAUUUAUUAGUUAUUGCAAUCAUGCACAUAUAUUUAGUGUGCUUUAUACAUGUUUGCUCCAUUUUUUGCUUUUUUGUGUACCAAACAUUUUUGAUCUCCAUUUUUACAUAUAAUUUACUCAUCUUUUGUAACCUUUUACUGUUUGUCUCAUUGUUUUGAUAUGUUUUAUUAUUAUACUGAUCAGUAUUUCCUUUUAAUAAUUUACUUGUCCCAUAUAAAUCAACUAUUCUAGUCAUGUUAAGCAAUGCAAAGUCAUGUAAAAACCACUUAAAAUAUCAAACAAAAAUGUUUACAAACUACUUGAAAUGAAUAUCUUUAAAUGUGAUAUUUAAAGCAUUUUGUGAACAAAAACUGAUGGUACAUUCACUUUUGACAACUUGAAUAAUGCAUACAUGAACAUUACCGCAACAAUAUAUUGUGUUUCCAAUUGUCUCUCCCUGCUAACGCAACUAAAAAAGAAGUGUGCUUUUAAUCCUGUUCCACUUAUGUCACUAUCAUAAAAUCUAUGUUUAGCUCGGCUGUUUUCGGAGAAAACCCGUGGUAUUGUCAUAGCUAGCUCGUUGGGGUCACAAGGUCAAAGGUCAAGCUCACUGACCUUUUUUAAAAAAAAAUUAUGACAAGCUUUCAAUUAUUUAGAACUGCACCCGCAGCCGAACAUUGGCACCCAUUAUGAGGUGCUCUUGUUAAUUAUUUACAUUGUUCACACCAAGUUAUUUCCAUUUAUUUAUGUGCAUAUUUCAUAAACGCUUUGCUGUAAAAGCCAAUGUUGCAAUGCUAGUAGUAUGCUCAGUUUGUAGUGUAUUAUAGUUUGUUCAUUUUAAACCAUUCUGUUGUAUUAAAUGACCAUCAAUUUACAUGUGUUUAUUGUUGUUAAGUAAUUAAUUAUAAUAUUGACUGUUAAAGAGACAAUUGUAUAUGUAUAAUAUUAGAUUGUGGAAAUCCAGUAAUAUGUGCACAGAUUUUUAUAAAGUCAUUCAGGCACAUACUUGUUAAAUUAAAAGUCAAAGUGAACUUCCAUAAGGUUACACUGUGAUUGGUUCUGUGACUCUUUUUUACUGCAGAUUUCCUAAAAUAAUUGUGUGAAACAAAUCAAGCAGUGCUCCAUGAAAAGGGGGUUUAAUGCAUUUGUGUAAAGUGUCAUCCCAGAUUGGCCUGUGCAGUCCGCACUGGCUAAUCAGCAACGACACUACGCCUAAACUGGAUUUUUGCUAAGAAGAGACUUUCUUUAAACGAAAAAAUCAUAAAAGCGGAAAGUGUUGUCCCUGAUUAGCCUGUGCGGACUGCAGGCUCAACUGUGACGACACUGUACGCACAUGCAUUAAACCCCUUUUUCACAGAGCACGGCUAAAUUAUUGAUUUGAUACAUACAUAUGAGUGGCGGAUUGCAUACAUUUGGCACAUUACCGAAACAGUGAGGCUUCAUAUUGUAAAGCACCCAUUUCGCACUGCGCUGUUUAUAUACAGUAUGUACUGUAUAAUGUAUUAAGACAUAAUUAACCGGAUUUUUGUUUUAUUUGUUAAUAUAAAAUGCACUUACUCGCUCGUUUAAUAAUUUAUGCCAAUACCCAUUGGAUGCACUACUGAAUUGUUAAGCAAUCUAUUUACAUUAAACAAAAGUAAUAUGUAAACCUGUUGUUACAUAAAUAUUUAACCUAACUUAUUAAUUUGAGGGAUGUGUUGUGUUGUUUUGUUAGUCUACCUCACAAUAGCUGUUACAAAAGUUAUCCUUCAUUUUCUUAGACAAUAAAUGUAAAAUAUUA